AUGGAAAAUGUUAUAUUGCAAAAUAACACAUAUUCUAGUAAAAAUAAGGAAAGUGAAGAAUCUCAUGAUAAAACUAAUUUUAAAACUAAAUAUGUAGAUAUAAUAAUAAAUGAAAAUAAAAAUGAUAAAAUAAAAAACUGUGAUAUACAAAAAGAAUUAUACAUUGAAGGUAACUAUAAUGAAAAUAACAGAACAAACGAAACAGAAUCAUGUUUUAUAAAAAAGGUAAAAGAAAAAAAAAAGAAGAAAAAAAAAAAAAAAGAAAAAGAAUUAGAAGGCUGUUUAGAAAACCUUACAUAUGAUGAUAACUUAGAAAGCUCAAAUGACAAUUUAAAUAGUAUAAUUCAUUUUUUAGAAAAUGUGAAUAUUAGUAAAAUAUUACAUUCUAAUAAUUCAGAAGAAAUAGGAAAUUUUAAAAAUGAGUUUAAAAAAAUGUUAAAAUUAUUAAAAAUAAAAGAGAUAAAAAAUAAACAAAAUGAAGAAAAAGUAAGAACGCUAAAGGAAGAAUUAGAAAAAAACUUAAUUAAAAAUAAAGAAAUUACGAAAAAUUAUGAUGAAGAAAAAAAAAAUGUUUUUCUAUUGCAAAAUCAAAUAGAUAAAUUACAGUUACUAUUUGAUAAAAAUCAGAAAAAAGAAGAUAAAUGGAAUUGUGAAAAAGAGAAUUAUUUGGAAAAUAUUGAAACCCUGAAAACUAAUAUUGAAGAAUUUGAAGUAAAAAUUGAAAACAAGAAUAAUGAAAUUGAAAGUUUAAAAAGAGAAAAUGAACAUAUAUUACUAAAAGUAGAUAAUUUAGAAAAAAAUGCGAAAGAAUUAAAAAAUGAAUAUAAUGAAAUAAAUGAAAAUUUAAAUUCUAUAAAAAAUGAAAAUCUUAAAAAAAAUAUUACUAUAGACAAUUUAAAAAAGGAAUUAGAAGAAAAAAAAAAAUUAGAUGAGGAAUAUAAUAAAGAUAAAUUGUUAAUUGAAAAAAAUACAGAGAUACUCAUAGAAGAGAGGAAUUAUAUCAAUGAAGAAUUAAUAAAAACUCAAAAAUUACUAGAAAAUCAAAUAAAUAAAAAUAGAGACUUAGAAAAUAGUAAGAUAAAUUUAUUAGAAAAAAUUGAUCUUUUAGAAAAAAAACAAAAAGAAAUGUUAAAAAAAAACAAUGAUUUGGAACAAAAGUUAGAAGAUGUGAAUAAAAAAAAUAAAUUGCUUUUAAAUGAAUCAAAACUAAAGCAAACUGAAAUUCUAACUAAUACUUCAAUUAUUAACAGCCUGACUAGUAAUAACACCAAAAUGAAAAUGAAAUUAGAUCAAGAAUAUUAUAAAAUAAAAAUGCUAGAAAAAGAAAAAAAAUCUUUAGGAAUAAAUGUGAAAUCACUGACUUACGAAAUUCAGAAAAUUGUAAAAUUAACUGAAGAAAUUAAAACAAAAUAUCAAAAUCAAAAAAGAGAAAUAAAUGAUUUAAUAAUAGAAAAAGAACAAACGAAAAAACUAAUUGAAAAAAUUGAUGAUACUAUUAAGAAAAAUACAGAAGUAUCAAAGAAAGAAAAACUUUCUAAUAUAAAUUUAGAAAAAGAUAUAAAAAAAGGGAUAGAAGAGAAGAAUAAACUAAAUGAAGAUAUACAAUUAUUAAUGAAAGAAAAAGAGAAAUUGAUGCAUGAAUUAUCUCAAACUAACAACAAGAUAACAAAUAGUACAAACGAGUUAGUAAUAAAAGAUAACAAGAUUAAUACAUAUAUAAAGGUUGUAAAUUCUCUAAAAAAUGAAUUGGCAAAAGAAAAAUCUUUGUGUGAAAAUAUUAAAAGUGAAAAAAUAAAUACCAGUAAAAAUUUAAUAGAAACUAAAGAAAAGUUAAAUAACUUAGAAGAAAAAUUUAAGAUUCAAGCUAAUGAAUUAGAUGUUAUAAAAUCUGAAAAAAAAAAUUUAGAAUGUAAAAUAAAUGAUUUAAAAGAAGGAAAAAAAAAUUUAUUAAAUCAAAAUGAAAAAUUACGAGAACAAAUAGACAAAUUUAAAAUUCAAAAUGAAAAUACAAAAACCUCAUUUAUUCAUGAUAAAAAAACAAUAGAACAUCUAGAAAUAGAAAUAAAUGAGUUAAAUAACAAAUUGAAAAAUAGUGAAAAAAAUGUUAAACAUAUAAAAAAAGAAAAGGACACGUUAAAUAAUGAGCUUUGUGAAAAAACAGAAGAAAUAACAACACUAAAAGAAAAAUUAAAAUUAUUACAAAUUUCCCAUGAUAAAUUAGAUUUAAGUAACAAAAAUUUAUUGCAAGAAAUAAAUAAUUUAAAUAAAAAAGUAUCUAAUUUAAAAAAUGCUAAUGAAUUAAGCAGUGUGUCAAAAGAGACAUUGCAUAAUAGCAGAUUAGAAAUAAAUUCCUUAAAAAAGGAGUUAAUCAAUGAACAAAACAAAGUUAAAACGUUAUCAGAAGAAUUAGAAAAACCAAUUAAUAUUCACAGGUGGAGAAACUUAGAAGGCAAUGAUCCCACAGCAUUUGACUUGAUUCAAAAAUUAAAAAAUGUUCAAAAAAAGUUAAUUGAGAAAACAGAAGAAUCAAUGAAAAAAAACGUUUUACUAGAAUCGAAAACAAAAGAAUGCGAUGAUUUACAAAAAGAACUAGAUAAAAAAUUAAGAUACACCAAUAUACAGGAUAUAACACAAAUAAAACAAAAAUUACGGGAAAAAGAAACUCUCAUUAAAUCAUUAACAGCUGAAAUUUCUAUGUAUCAAGAAGAAGACGUUAAAAAAAAAAAGUAG